CCGUGUUUUGGUUUUAUUAACGGAAGAAGAAGUAGGGGGGAAGUGGGCUGUAGUCUUAAAAUGGCCCGUCUUCGAUGAUUUUGCGUUUUUAUUCUCAUUUUUUGUCCCUUCACCAUGAACAGGACGCAGCUGAAACGGUCGAGGAUUCUGAGGAUGGCGAUGAGCGACACCGGCACGUUAGAGGAGGAGGGCAAAGGGGAGCCCUUCGUGAUCCGAGCGCUGAAAAUAGCCCUGGUGGUGGCUCUCUACUGGUUCGUGUCCAUCACCAUGGUCUUCCUGAACAACUACCUCCUGGACAGCAAGGAGCUGGACGCCCCGCUCUUCGUCACCUUCUUCCAGUGCGUGGUCUCCGUGUGCCUGUGCUGGGUCAUGAACGCAUUGUCCACCUUCUGGCCGGCGUGUGUGGACUUCCCCUCCAUCAAAGUGGACCUGAAGGUGUCCAGGGAGGUCCUGCCCCUCUCGGUGGUCUUCAUCUCUAUGAUCACGUUUAAUAACUUAUGUCUGAAAAACGUGGGGGUCGCGUUUUACACCGUGGGCCGAUCACUCAGCACUGUCUUUAACGUGUUACUGUCUUACGUGAUCCUCAAGCAGACCACCUCGUUCUACGCGCUCCUGUGCUGUGGAGUCAUUCUGGGUGGUUUCUGGCUUGGUGUGGAUCAGGAAGGUGCAGCAGGCUCCCUCUCCUGGUCUGGAGUGUUUUUUGGUGUUCUUGCGAGUGCCUGCGUCUCCCUGAAUGCCAUCUACACUAAAAAGGUGAUGCCAGUGGUGGACGGAAGCAUCUGGAAGCUGUCCUACUACAACAACCUGAACGCCUGCUUUCUUUUCCUGCCCCUAAUUGUUGUGUUCGGAGAGGUGGGACGUCUGGUCUCGUUCAGCCGCCUGGGGGACUUGAAUUUCUGGGGUAUGAUGGUAGUGGGCGGAGUCUUUGGCUUUGCCAUCGGCUAUGUUACGGGCCUCCAGAUAAAGUUCACCAGCCCACUAACACACAACGUGUCUGGCACGGCGAAGGCGUGUGCUCAGACUGUGAUGGCGGUGGUGUAUUACGCCACCAGCAAGUCCGUGCUGUGGUGGACCAGUAACAUGAUGGUGCUCGGGGGGUCAUUCGCUUACACAUGGGUCAAAGGGCUGGAGAUGAAGAAAGCUCCACCUCCUCGGGACUCAUCAGAAGCCGGAGAGAAGCUGUUAAAAGGGGAAUCAGGAGUUUAAAGAAAAGCCUAAAACAGAGAUAAAACUGGGCAUGAAGGACUUUAUACUGGUUUGUCAGACUGAGAUGAACUUUGUUGUGGGGGAAAUGCAGAAGAACACUUUUUGGAAUUUAAAAGAAUAUUGCCUUCUUAAAAGAAUAGUCCAGGUUCAUGUCUUUGUUCUUUAUUGUGCUGUCGAUUACCACAGACAAUAAUUUAAAUAUCUUUCUCUGUACGUACAAAGGAACAAAAAACUCAUUUACCUCAAACUCACUAUAAUAGAAGCCAAUGGGCAGUUGCUGAAUGCCAUUUGAAGACUGUAGAAUCUACAAUCAUUCCACUAAGAGCAUUUUUACAUCUUUACAUUUUGCAUGUUUUUACAUGUUGCUUUGCUUACUAGUGAACACUAACUGAAAUAAUACAGCACAAUUUUCUGUAAUCCUACAUAUGUUAUUACACAGAAUCAUACAUAGAAUAAAAAUUUCUGUUGAGUGUUAAAAUAUAAGCAAGAACACUCAUUCUGUGAAAGCUAGCAUAAAUGUUAAUAGCGUUGCCAUUAGCUUCCUAACUAGCUAAAGUCACCCUAGUAAACUCUUUACAGACCGUACAUUGACAUUCUGACAUUCUAAUGCACUUAUUGGUCUGUAGUAGUGCUUGGUCACUUUAUCCUCACUUGGAAGAAUAAAGAAUAUACUAAAUUGUUGUCAGCUUUAGCUGCAAGUGUUAUUAAUCACAUACAUACUAGUAAUUAGUUAGUUAAUUACCAUUAAUUAUUUAAUUAAGUACUAUUAAUUAAUAAAUAGUACAAACUUCAAUUCUAAAAAAAAAA